CUGUUCUCCCUCGCGGACGAGAUCAGCGCCUUCAACGUGUUCCGCUACGUGUCGGUGCGCACCGCGGCGGCGGCCGCCACCGCCAUCAUCCUCUCGAUCGGCCUUGGCCCCUUCGUGAUCUCACGCCUGUCGCGCCUCCGGGUGGGGGAGCGGAUCCGCGCCGACGGCCCGGCGCACCACCACAAGGCCGGGACCCCGACCAUGGGCGGGGUCCUGAUUGUCGGGUCGGUGAUCCUCUCCACGCUGCUUUGGGCCGAUCUGGGGAACGUGCUCGUCUGGGUGGCGAUGGUGGCGAUGGCGGGCUACGGGACGCUGGGCUUCCUCGAUGACUGGAAGAAACUGCGGCGCGGGGACGGAAUCGGGCUGAGCAUCCGGACCAAGUUCGGCGUCCAGUUCCUGCUCGGGUUGGCGGUCGGCGGCUUCCUGCUCUGGUACUCCGGCACCGGCGGCUUCACCACCCGCGUCGUCUUCCCCUUCUGGAAGGAGUUCCAGCCCGAACUGGCGCUGUUGUUCGUGCCCGCGGCCAUGCUGGUCCUCGUCGCCUCCUCGAACGCGGUGAACCUGACCGACGGGCUGGACGGUCUCGCCGCGGGUUGCGUGUUGAUCGCGGCCGCCGUGUACACCGCCCUGACCUAUCUCGCCGGCCACGCCGAGUUCUCGGCCUAUCUCGACAUCCUGUACCUCCCCGGCGCCUCCGAGGUGACCAUCUUCGGAGCAGCGAUUACCGGGGCCGCCCUGGGUUUUUUGUGGUUCAACGCCCACCCCGCGCGCGUCUUCAUGGGCGACGUGGGAUCGCUCGCCCUCGGCGCCGGCAUCGGGAUGCAGGCGAUCCUCAUCCGGCAGGAAAUGCUGCUCGUGCUGGUGGGCGGGGUGUUCGUCCUCGAAACCGCCUCGGUCAUUUUGCAGGUGGCCAGCUUCAAGCUCACGGGCCGGCGGCUCUUCAAGAUGGCGCCGCUCCACCAUCACUUCGAGCUCGCCGGCUGGCACGAGACCCAGGUGAGCGUCCGGUUCUGGAUCCUGGCCGUCCUCUGCGCGCUCGCCACCCUGACCACCCUGAAGCUGCGAUGA